GAGUACCGGAUGAAGUGAGUAUGAAAACACAAUACUUCCACGGUCCCACCGGCCAGCUCCACGUGUGUUGCACUUCCACAGGUCAGACUCGGCUCGACCCUGAAGCUGCUCCGUCGGCGCGCCGCCUGCCCCGCGGCCGCAUCCACCGACAAAAGCACCAGACGGGACACCCGGCCGCACGCACGUCUCCUCCAGCCCCCCUCCUGGCCGGCGGCGAUGAGCGGCGGGCUUCCGGGUUUCCACAAUGCGCCGGUGUCGAGGGCCGUGGUCGUCGCCGCCGCGCUCUUCUCCGUCCCCUUCGGCCUCCGCUCCCGCUUCCUCGACCUCGGCCUGUCCCACCAGAAUCUUUACGGAAAUCUGCGGAUAUGGAGGGUGAUUGCCUCAUUGUUUGCCUUCUCGUCAUCGCCUGAGCUUAUCUUUGGAGUGGCCUUGCUCUAUACUACUUCAGGGUGUUCGAGCGUCAGAUAGGCUCAAACAAGUAUGCUGUAAGUAAGAGGAAAGUAAGAGCCUGAUCGGACUCCCUCCGGCUCCAAACAAGUAUUCUGGAGCGGAGCGGCAGCCAGUUAUAAUUUAUGAAGCGGUUAGGCCUUGUUCGGAGCCCCACCAUUCCACCACUCCGCUCUCGGAGUUGGAGUUAAAAAGUACAGAACUGGGAAACAAAAGUAUUUUUAGGAGCCGAGUGACUCCGAACAGGGCCUUAAUACGAUGCUCCACCCGCUCCGCUCCGUGACCGUGGAUUGAAGGGUCACCGAACAUAGCCUAAGCUUAAGAUGUUGCACAUGCAUGAAAGUGGAAGUGGAGUUUCUCAGACUGAGAGGGUGACUUUCCCACAUGGAAAUGGAGUUUCUCAGCCCGAGCUGAGAAGGUGAUUUUCUGUCUGAUGGGCUGUUAAGAGCGGUGGAGGGCGACUGCAGCCAAAGAGCUUAGGGAAGGACCGGACAAAAGAACUCCAAACAACGAUGGCCAAAUUACCCCUUGCUAAAUCAAAUAGGAAAUACCUAAAUUGCUUUACAAGAUCAAAUUGUUGGAUCAACCUAAUACAGUAAUACUACACCUUGAUUUAGUAGUAAAAUGUAUUUUACUCCCUCCUUUCCGGUUUAUAAGGCUUAUCUUAAAAUUUUAGUUUUUUCAUUUUAUAAGGCUCAAUUUGGUUG